AUGGAUUCGCUGGGCCCACACACAGAUUGGGGCACAGAUGACUGGCGUGACUAUUCGUUAUGGAGUACAAUAACCCCAGAUGCUUCGUUUGUGUUCAAUUUUACUGGAACAUCGGUUGCUGGGCUAGGUGGAAAUCGUGUGGCUCGCUCGCAUAUUCCAGCUAUCGCGUCUUAUUCACUAGAUGGUGGCGCCCACGUUAACUUCACGGUGUGUAAUUUAGCGACAUUGGUACUAGAUACCUCCACGGCGCAGACAAUAUUUCAGACGUACCAAGUGGCGCCAGGAAACCAUAGUAUUCGCAUUGUUUAUCACGGAGAUAGCACCACUACUCCUCUCGCUCUGUAUUCCCUUCUUGUGACUGGAACGGAAAAUGUCCUUAGUGUUGAUCCGCCUCCCCCAGCGCAGUCGCCCCCAGCACAGACGACGUCGACUUCUCUUCCAACAUCAUCCAUUCUCGUACACUCAAAAUCACACAGAGAUGCCUAUACAGCUGCGGUAGCUAUUUGCAUCAUAUUGGUCGCAACAUCAUUUUUGGUCGGGUCAUUGCACUACCGGAGGAGAAAACGCCGCUUUGAAUCAAAGCCAUUUUGUUCUGACAGUAUCGACCCAGCUCCUACGGGUGUGCACGUUUCCCCAUUCAUCAAUUAUCCCUCUAUUCCCUAUUCUAAAGCCGCGAAAGAAAAGACUGGAAAGGAUCGACUCAAUUCUCGUGGUCAAUCACAAGCACAGGUCGGGCGAGUGGAAAUUCAGCAAACUUUUCUUCCAGCAUCCUCGAUGCCUCCUCGCAUUUCUGCCCAAAUUCAUGUGGAUAGUGGAGUCACAAUGCAUCUGCCAACGGAAGAGGAUGUAGUGGUCGAUUUUCCUCCGGCAUACACAAGCUUGUGUGGCGAUAGUUGGAGUAUGGACUUGUAG